GCGGGAAGGGCGUUAUAUAAGCCAGGGCACCUCCCGCGCCGCUCCCGUACUGCCCACGAAACAAAUCGGACCGGGCAGCCAUGGCGGAAGACGUGGAUAGAGCUGCCGUAGAGCAGCUGACGGAAGAGCAGAAAAAAGAAUUCCGGGCCGCCUUUGACAUCUUCGUGCAAGACGCCGAGGAUGGCUGCAUCAGCACCAAGGAGCUGGGAAAGGUGCUGCGAAUGUUGGGACAGAACCCCUCGCCAGACGAGCUCCAGGAGAUGAUUGACGAGGUGGACGAAGAUGGCAGUGGCACCGUGGACUUCGAGGAGUUCCUCAUCAUGAUGGUGCGCAGCAUGAAAGAGGAGAGCAAGGGGAAGUCAGAGGAGGAGCUGAGCGAACUCUACCGCAUGUUUGACAAAAACGGUGACGGCUACAUCGAUCUGGAGGAGCUCAAAGUGAUGCUGCACGCCACGGGGGAGGACAUCACAGACGACGACAUCGAGGAGCUCUUUGCGGAUGGAGACAAAAACGGCGACGGUUUCAUCGAUUAUGACGAAUUCAUGGAAUUCAUGAAGGGAGUGGAUUAAUGGAAUCUUCCGUAUACCCCCUCGGAUAUUACAAUAACAUCUACAACAACAAUAAACAACCUAAAAUACGACGUGCAUUGAUACACGAGUGGAACGUAAACUAUGGCUAGGCGACGAUAAGAGCCGUGCAAAAUAGCCUUGGCCAUAGUGUGGCUUCUUCAACAACAAUAACGCCUACACAUACAUAUGUAAUAUCAUUACAACAGGGCCCUUGAGUAAGUUAACAAUGGCUUGGAUCGAGUUGGUCCUCCGUUUGCACCUUUGCUUUCGUGAGAAAAAAAACGCAACCCAGAAGGACGCACGCGGCUCUUGUCUUGUGGCUGGCUCCACGCGACCUUGAUGACUUUGUGAACGAGAUUUACAAACAAAAAAACCCAGAGGAAACAUUGUAAAGUUACUUUCGCUGACGUGCCCGCUUUCGAGCGCUAACAAUGUCACGGUGGUGUGACUAUAGCACUGUAAUGUCGGCGCAGUUAUAUCACCAUCCUGAAAAUAAUUUUAGAGUCGUUUUCUUUCAUUGUUAUUAUUGUUAACGAAGCGUCAAUAUUGUGUGGGUAUCCCGAGGUUAUGUAUAUACUAGAGAAGAGCUGCCGGUUUUUAUGUGGUCGCGUGUAAGGAUGUAAGCGCUCUGUGUAAGGUGUUGGACAUACAGAUGACAUCAACGGGAAGUCGAGAGAAUCUGGAAAAUCCAGAAACAGAAUUCUUCCAGGCAUAACAAUCAAAUAAUGGUGUUUCUGGUUUAUGUUGAAAAACAAUGUUAAGUACAAUUUUACACUGUAGGUACCGCGUACGAUUAUGUUAUACAGAUGAGAUUGGUCAAUUUUAUAACUGCUCGUUUCAAGAACUAAACCUGUGUAAUAAAAAAUAUUGUACGUGA